AGGAACCGCAGAAUCUAAGGGUUUUUUUUCCUCCCCCUCCGGCUGAAAGAAUUGCUCCAGGAUCCACUCGCUUUGCGGAUUACCAGCUCGCUCCUACGCCGCCGCCCCGGAUCCUGUUCAGCAUCCUGAAUCCAUGAAGUGCUUUUGGACCGCCGUUUUGUUCUCCUUGGUGGCGACAGACGUUGUUGCCCUUCAAUGCUACUCCUGUAACGGGAACAGCGACUGCUGGGAUACAGAAACAUGUAAAGACCACCAGCAGACGUGCAAAACCACCGUUAUGACCAUAAUAAGUCGACCCAAGAUCUCCACCUACUUCCUCAAGGGCUGUGACAUCAGUGGAAAGACUAAUAAUUCCAUCUCACACCUUCUGGGCCAUCGGCUGGUGUUUUUGGCAGAGGAAUUUUGUGAAACUGACCUGUGCAACAGUGAUGUACCCAAGGAAAUACCCAGAGUGACGGAUAUGAUCCGUGUCCGAGGCCAUAACGAAAACCUCCAGAAUUGCUACUCUUGUACAGCUGCUGAUAACACUUGUAACAACUCCAGUCUCAAACUGAUGCGUUGUUUCUGGCCUCAGGACAAGUGCAUAGAUAUUACCUCCUUGACGGAUCCAGAAGAAUUUCCCAAGGAUCAAGAACGUAUCAAGGGCUGUGGCCAGCUUUCCCACUGCCAGGAUAACCUGGGCUUCCAAAACCACAAGAGUUUCUACAUGGUGAAGUGUUGUAACUCCAGCUGGUGUAACAAUGAUGUGCAAGAUUAUAAGUGGGCUUCCUUGCCCUUGAAUGGCCUUACAUGCCACAGCUGCGAAGGAGACACUACUCAAGGUUGUGCCCCGAAUAAUAUCACAACGGUACAAUGCCGAGGGCCCAUGACCAAAUGCUUGGAAGCCUCAGGAAUCCACGGCAUCUCUGGGAACUAUUCAGUGGUCAAAGGUUGUGCAUCCCCUUCCUGGUGCGACAGUCCGUACACCUCCAUCUACAAGAACCUAGGCAGCGUAGAAACCCACUGUUGUACUGGUGAUCAGUGCAACCGCUUGAUCAUUGAUGGACAGCUAAAACCAUCUCCAAGGAGCCAAGCCAGCCACUUCACCUUGGCCCAUCACACUAUUAUGUCAACGAGUCUCCUGCUUUUUAUAGUUUUUCUCCUUUCUUGAGGAAGCUCCUGUUCUCCAAGAGGAAGACGGACACUUACUCCAGAUCUGGACCAAGUAGGACUUAGAACUAGGACUUUUUCAAUAUUUAAUACAGCUGGGAGCAAACGGGGCUCCAUCUGAGAGCCCCUAUUUAUGCAGGAUGUACACCUCACACCAUUAAAGAGACCAUCACCAUCACCACCCUACAAAACCAGGGGUGAAGAGACCAUUCUUGGA